AUGGCUUCCAAGACCCUAUCUCCUCGGAUAGAGGCCUUCUUCCCAACUUUCUUCUACAGGACACAGUUCUGCGAAAAGCAGCCCGCAUUUGCGCCCGAGCUGACUCUCUCGUCCAAAGUUGCCAUCGUCACAGGCUCCAGUGGCGGCCUCGGGUAUGCAAGCGCGAAACAGUUGUUGGCUUUGAAUCUCUCCCACCUCAUCCUUGCUGUCCGUUCCGUUGAAAAGGGCGAAAAGGCUGCAAUUUCACUUCGUGCUCAGUUUCCGAAGGCAAAGAUUGAAGUGUGGAAGCUGGAUAUGUGCAGCUAUUCCUCCGUUCGAGAUUUUGCCCACAGAGUCGAAACAGACUUGACCAGGUUGGAUAUCGCUAUUCUCAACGCAGGCCUUGUCAAGGGGUCUUACACGCUUGUCAAAGAGACAGGUCACGAAGAGACCGUGCAAGUGAACUACCUUUCAACGGUCCUUCUGGCACUACUCCUUAUCCCAAGCCUGCGCGCAAAGCGAGCUGCUGGAGGACAACCAGGCAAGGUGACCAUUGUCAAUUCAGGACUUUCCUUGACCGGGAAGCUUCCUUUGGAUCCCAAGAAGCCAAACCAGUCCAUUCUAGCUUCUUUCGACGACAAGGGUAAAUUUAGCAGUACACCCUGGUACAAUAAUUCCAAAACCCUCAUGCAUUUGUUCCUGUGGAAGCUGUCUGAACACCUUUCCGCCGACGACGUUAUUGUCAACGCUGUAGAUCCGGGUUACGUCAAGGGCACAGAAAACCUGAACAACAUGCCUAAGAUUGGAGCCAUCAUGGCUAAGGCCCUCGCAGCCGUCACAGGGAGGACAGUUCAAGUCGGUGCGUCCACCUAUAUUGACGCUGUGGCGGUGAAGGGUAAGGAGAGCCAUUGUUGCUUCCUUACUAGUUGGAAGAUCCAUCCGUUUGCACCUUUCCUCUACACGCCAGAGGGAAAGAAGUUGAUAGAGCAACUAUGGCAGGAGACUUUGACGGAGCUCCAAUUCGCCAACCCAGAAGCGUUACUGUCAGGCAAACAUUGA